AUGGCUUCCACUUUGUGGCUGCUCUGGAAGCUCUUUUGGAAGCUUCUCGGCCCAAUAACUACCAUUGCUAUUCUUGCUGUCCUCAUCAUCAUCGUCUCGUUGACAUACUCGCAGAAUGCCCCGAUCCCCCAAGUUCGCCGGAAGAACCAGCCCGUUCACCUGCUCCUGGUGCUCGGAAGCGGUGGACAUACAACAGAGAUGUUCUCCAUGCUAAAAAACAUACCCCUUGAUCCCACGCUUUACACAUACCGGACCUACGUCGUGAGCUCGGGGGAUAACUUCAGCGCCGAGAAAGCCAGAGAAUUCGAGGCCGAUUUCCUUGAAAAAAGCAACAUACUCUCCGAGAACUACACAAUCGUCACGAUCCCUCGAGCACGACGUGUUCACCAGUCAUACUGGACCGCUCCAUUCUCUACUAUCCACUGCCUCUGGGCCUGUUUCGAGGUGCUCCUGGGGCGAUAUCCGGGUCAGAAGCGAUUGCCCCCAAGAUAUCUCUCACCCCAGCCUGAUCUCAUCCUUACGAAUGGCCCGGCCGUGGGAUUGUGCAUUGUUAUCGCAGCGAAAAUCAUCCGAUUCUGCGAAUUCGUCUCCCGCUGGAUGUCCGGCAGUAGUUCUAGGCCGGCUGUUUCACGACUAAGAACCAUGUUUGUGGAAUCAUGGGCCCGCGUCAGUGGCCUAAGCACCACUGGAGUUCUGCUGCUUCCAUUGGCUGACGUUUUCCUCGUUCAAUGGCGGUCUCUUGCUGGGCGGCAGGCAUGGCCGGGGAUGAAGAAGACCCAGUAUGCGGGCUGGGCCGUGCUACCAAGUCCUGGUGGCAAACAACGUAUUAAAGACGUUCAUGAAUAA